AUGAGGUUGCUUUUUCCAACUUCUCUGUCGGCCGUUGUAGCCACGGCGCUAGCUUCGCCUUCGGUCACCAUUGAUGCUGGCACUCUCAAGGGUGGAAAGUGUAGCGGCGGGAAAAGUGCGGUCUACUACAAGGGCGUUCCAUUUGCAGAGCCUCCAGUCGGAGACCUGCGAUUCGAACCUCCCAAGGCCUACAACCAGAAAUACUCAAACGGAGUACUCAAUUCGACUGUGUCUGCUCCAACUUGUAUUCAAUUUGGCACUGAAACUGUGCCAUCUGGAGAGAAAUCCGAAGACUGCCUUUACUUGGACAUUUGGGCUCCAGCUAGCGCGACUAAAGACUCAAAACUUCCUGUCAAGGUUUGGAUUUACGGUGGAUCCAACACAGCUGGCGGCAUUGCAUACCCUUUGUAUGACGGCUGCAACCUGGCCGACACAGGCGCAGUCGUUGUAACACUGAACUAUAGACUUGGGCCCCUCGGUUUCUUAGCGCUCAAUAGUGCUGGAAUUUAUGGUAACCAAGGAAUUCAAGAUCUGAUUCUUGGAUUUGAAUGGGUUCAAAAAAGCAUCUCUGCCUUUGGUGGUGAUCCUGAAAAAGUGCUUGCUUUCGGACAAUCAGCUGGUGCCACAAACUUGUACACUAUUGCGACUCUUGCUGAGGCGCCAUCUCUCUUCAAGAGCGCCAUCGUUGAGUCGGUUGCUCUACCACAAUUGACAAAGAACGCGACUGCCCAAAAGCUCGGUGCGUCGUUCGCGAAGGUGCUUCAAUGCGGACUCAACGACAAAUCCUGUCUCCAAUCCGUUUCCUCUGCCGAUCUUCAAAAGGCAGUUUCUUCCGAUUCCUACAUAAACUCAGGAGUCGGGGGAGUGAGUGAACUUCCUCUUCCCAAUAGCCAGACACCUGCAUUCUGGCCCAUCGUGGACGGCACUGUCGUCAAAGAGAAUCCUCUGUAUCGUGGAGCACAAGUCCCGACGGCCCUUGGAUACAACCAACAGGAGGGUACUAUGGAUACCAUCACAAAGUAUCCCUCAGCCGAGCUCAUUGCAAACCUCACGGCAGCGGAUUACACGGCUUUCCUUCAAGGAGACUUCGGCCCAGCAGCUCAAGUAAUCGAGAAAUACUACCCAUUAUCUCUGUUUGAAUCUGCUGUCGCGGAACUCGGGUUAACAGCCGGAUCCGCUGUAUUCGAGGCUAUUGCACAGAUCCUCACAGACGCAGAAUACAAAUGCCCGACAUAUCAGGGUGCGGCGUCUACCGUUCGCAACGGUAACCCAGUAUGGACCUAUGAGUUCACUCACAAUGCCACCUGCGCGUGGCUGGAUACACUUGUUCCAAUCGCAGACGAUUUAUCCUUUAUUGGCGCCGCUCAUACUGCUGAAAUUCCAUUCGUAUUCGGCAAUUUGAAUUUCAGCUACCCUGAAGAAAACUACACUUGCAGUGGUUCGACAGCUGAGUGGGAUCUGAGCAAUGAUAUGAUCGGCUUAUGGACUGCAAUGGCAGAGAAUGGAAAACCGUCGACCAAGGCUAUUCAAUGGCCGCAAUUCAGCAUUACAUCAACGGGCUCGAAUACCCCUGGAAUGGUGUUCGGGAACUCUAGUACGCCUGGCAACAUUGACUUCUCCGUUUGCAAAUUAUGGGCCCAGGUCAGCGCCUUGCUGGAUGGAGGAAACGCCACGGCCACGGCAAAAUCGUCUUCCAGCAGCAGCGUAACGCCUACGGCUUCACCGACCAGUUCCUUUGCAGUGAGUGGCGGAGUAACCGUUUCACCUUCUAUCGGAGGUCCGAUCUUCUUGAGUACUGUUUUGAUGGGAGCUGCUAUGCUGAUGUGA